AUGGACAGAGAUAUAGAAAACAUGGUGAAGGAAUGCUCGAUAUGUCAAAAGACACGUAAAUCUGCUCCACUUGUACCCCUACAACCAUGGACAUGGCCACAUCAUUGCUGGCAAAGAAUUCAUCUCGAUUUUGCCGAGUUUCAAGGAAAAGACUUUCUGUUGGUUGUAGAUAGUUAUUCUAAAUGGAUUGAGGUGUUCUACAUGACUGGUACUACUGCUAAUCACACUAUCGAGAAGCUGAGACAUUGCUUUGCAACUUUCGGGCUUCAAAACACUGUUGUUACCGAUGGAGGACCACAAUUUAGAUCUGAAGAAUUUGAUAGUUUAUUGAAAACUAUUGGAGUUCACCGCAUAUUUACUCCUCCGUAUCAUCCUGCAUUCAACGGUCUUGCUGAACGAGCAGUUCAGACAGUCAAGGAUGCGUUCCGCAAGCAAAUGCUUCAUGACGCCAAGCAUAACUGUUCCCGAAGUAUACAACAUCGUAUAGAUUCGUUCCUCUUCGUUUAUCAAAACACCCCACAUUCUAUCACUGGCAUGACACCUUCAGAAGCUAUUUUUAAAUACAAACCUAAGACCCACCUGAACCUACUAAAACCCCAUCUGGCAUCAGAAAUGGAAGUGAAGCAAGAUAGUAUCACUAAAUUGGCUAACACAAAUCGAGGGAAGCCUAGAAACUUCAAUUUGGGAGAACAGGUAUUAGUGCGUUCAGUACGCAAGGAGAUUAUAUGA